AUGGCUUUCAUAACGAUCAUUUCACAUUCGCAAUUACCUCUAUUCAAGAAACCUGAAUUCACAAUCUUGAAUAAGCCUAAUGCCCAGUUGUUGUCAAUGCCCAUCUCAUGGUUUUCUCGUAAGAAACCCAAAAUGGUGGUGGUUUCAGCUACAGGAGAUGCUCAGAAGUCGAAAAAGAGGUAUCUUAGAGAGGCUAAAGGGUUUGUGGAUGAGAUGAGAUUUGUUGCAAUGAAAUUGCACACAAGGGAGCAGGCUAAAGAAGGAGAAUCGAAGGAAUCUGUGGGUCUGCCUAUGGGCGAAUGGGAGCCUACUCUUGAGGGAUACUUGAAGUUCUUGGUGGACAGUAAACUUGUUUAUGAUACCAUGGAGAACGUCAUGGACAAAGCCACUUUUCCUGAAUAUGCAGAGUUUAAGAACACGGGGCUGGAAAGGUCAAAAGGUCUUGCAAAAGAUUUGGAGUGGUUUAAAUUGCAAGGUUAUGCCAUCCCACAACCAUCUUCUCUUGGCGUUAGCUAUGCCCAGUAUUUGGAAGAGCUAUCCAGAAAGGAUCCUCAAGCUUUAAUUUGCCACUUCUACACUAGAUACUUUGGCCAUGCAGCUGGUGGCAGACUGAUGGGGACGAAGGUAGCACAAAAGAUUCUUAACAACAAAGAGUUGGAAUUCUAUAAAUGGGAUGGAGACCUGUCCCAACUGCUGCAAAACGUUCGGGAGAAGCUAAACCGGGUUGCUGAAACGUGGACUAAGGAAGAGAAGAAUCAUUGCUUGGAAGAAACUGAGAAAUCAUUCAAGUUUUCUGGGGAUAUUAUGCGUUUGAUAUUAUCAUGA